AUGGAAUCAUCUCAAGAUUCGGUAAGAAAUAUUGGAUCUAAAGCCUUGACUUCUAAAGAUGUGCUUGAAUCUGUCCCCGUCUCAUCUUUUAAAUCUGGAGAUGGUAUUAGAUCUGGUUUUUUAAGAUAUGAAUCUUUUCUUCCUUCAAAUUCUGUUUCAAGAUCUGCUAAAAAUUCUAAUCCUGUGAUGAAUCCGGAGUUCAAUGAGAAUGUUGAUUUCCCCCCGUUGAAGUCUUCCAAUAUUUCAAAUGAACCUAUCCAAGAAAUCAAAAAAAGCUGGGUCAGUUGUUUUGCUGACAAUAGAAAAACUGGAAGUGGCUUAGUAUUGGAUUAUUUGCCUCCAGAAAAUAAAGACAAUGUUACAUUUAAUGAUGAAGAAUGGAAUGAAGGGGUUUCUAUGUGGCAGUUCUCAUUAGUUGGACAAGUUCUUGGAUUAAAUGCCAAAUUUAAGGCUAUGGAGAUCUAUGUCAAGAAAUUAUGGUCUAAAUUGGCUAUUCCUGAAAUCUGUUUUCUUAAACCUGGGAUCUUCUUGUUUAAAUUUAAAAAUAAGGAAGAAAUGAAUGUGAUUUUAGAAAAUGGACCAUGGUUCUUUAGAUCUCGUCCUCUCUCAUUGAAGCACUGGACAAUUGGAGAAGAUUAUGAGAAAAUAAAUGAGCGCAUCUACCCUGUUUGGGUUCAAUUACCAGCACUUAAGCUAAAUCUAUGGAAUGCUAAAACUAUCAGUAAGAUAGUUAGUGUCAUUGGUCGUCCUGUUGCCACUGACAAACUAACGGCAAAUAAGCAAAGAUUAGCUUAUGCAAGGGUACUUGUAGAAGUAACUAUGCCUGCAGAUCUACCUGAUUUUAUUAUCUUACAAGGCCCUGAUAGAAAGAAAUUUAAUCAAAGAGUGAUAUAUGAGCUGAAGCCUAAAUGGUGCACUCAGUGUAAACUGGUGGGGCAUGAAACCAAGUUUUGCAAAAAAUUUCCAUGGGUUCAAAAAUGGAUUCCAAAAACAAAUGUUACAGCUAUACAUAAUGUGCAAGUUUCAGCUGGACAUGUGCAGGUUAAUCCUGUGCAUGUUUUGGAUGCUGAAAAUGAACUGUCAAAGUUAGGGGCUAUGAAUUCAAAUAUACAAAGGCCAGCUGGACAUAAUGUGCAGGAUGCUGAUAAUCAUGUGCAUGUUUUAGAUGCUGGAAACCAAUAG